UGUGGCAGACACUGUCAGGCACGAAGGGAAUAAGUUACUGCGUCUCCAGCAAGACCGUUACCGGGCACAAACCUUGUUGUUGUUCAUCUUGAUUAUCUGAACUCGGACGAACCGUUAUACACAGGGUGAACAUGACAUUAUUUUGUCAUCAACUUUUCAUCCUCCUAUGGAUUGUUGUCACAGUGUUGUCUUUUUCUUUAGGGGUGGAGUCCAACACCCAGACUCCUGGCACACACGACAGUCCUGGGCCCACAGAUACAUCCAUGACCCCAGGAGAUAGAUCCACCACCCUCUUAUCAACAACGACCCCAGUCUCCACUGAACCAAACUUCGCCACCACAGACCGAGCCACCACCACCCAGGACCCCUCAACUGUCCACCCUAGCACUGAUGGCACCCCACCGACAACAGCAGCUGUCUCUAAAACUAAAGAGGUCUCUACUUCGACAGACCUGACCUCCACUUCUGAUACGACAGAGUCUACAGGAGCAGUCGGCACCACUGCGACAGAAACAAGAACUAUCCCGUCGGUCAGCACAGCAGAGAUGACUUCCUCCCACAAGACCUCAGCGGACACUGUCACGUCCCCUGAGUCGACAGAAAAAGACAGUCAAUCUACAGACAGUGGCAUGACAACACCCACCACCACACCUGCCCUUAGCAGAGGGGUCUCUCCGUCUACCACGGAACAUGCCGGAGCCUCCUCCUCUGUCACCACGGAGACAGGCCAUACCUCAAACAUAACUCCAGACAUUGUCCCAACCAGCAGUACCAAAGAGCCAGGCACACAUGAAACAACAGCUAUCAAUACAGCUACCACAAAUACAGGUACCAAAGACAGUGAGACCACAGGUACAGGGAUCACAAAGUCCACCAUCCCACCAACUGGUCAGACCUCUCUGUCUUCAACACGCCCCUCCUCCACUACAAAGGGCCCUGAGACCUCUCUCCCAGUAACAGAGGGUGGUACCCUGUCUUCAACACGCCCCUCCUCCACUACAAAGGGCCCUGAGACCUCUCUCCCAGUAACAGAGGGUGGUACCCUGUCUUCAACACGCCCCUCCUCUACUACAAAGGGCCCUGAGACCUCUCUCCCAGUAACAGAGGGUGGUACCCUGUCUUCAAUACGCCCCUCCUCCACUACAAAGGGCCCUGAGAUCUCUCUCCCAGUAUCACAUAGUACCUCGCCCUCUACCUCGACCACCGCCAAUACAGAGGGCUCCCAGGUCCCCACUACAAAGGGCCCUGAGACCUCUCUCCCAGUGACCGAUGGCGCCACAUCCUCAACCCCCACAGCUACCAUUACAGGGAGCCCUCAUACAGACAAAACCACUGGAACACAGGGGACUACCGAUUCUACAACCACAGCUGACACUCCAGCCUUGCCCCCCACCUCCGGCUCUUCCUCCAGCCCACCCUCUCCAGGCUCAACCCAAACCCCAGGCAGCAGCACUGAGGCCCCCAUAGACACCUCCACCACCACCCCUGCUACCUCACCCACCAUCACACCUACAGGAGAAACCUCUGAACAACCAACUAGCAAAACUAGUGAGAGCCCACUUCCUCCUUUCCACACCUCCACCUCCCCUACCGGUGGAAUCACCACCCAGCCAGAGUCAGCCAUCACUGCUACCACAUCCCUGCCUCCACCCAUCUCCAUAGUGUGUCCCUCCACUCCCUGUCCGUAUGAUAGCAUCUGUCUCAAUGGCACCUGCCAGUGUGUGUCUGGGACCUUCCUCUCAGAGGGCCGCUGUGUACAAGCCCAAGUCUUCUCUGGAGACCUGCACCUCAACCAGGCAUUUCAGGAUGAAAUGAGCAACCGGUCAUCAGUCAUAUUUCAGCAAACAGCAGCCAGGAUCUCAGAGGCACUGAGAAGAGUCUUGGAAAACGAGUCUGGAUACAGCCAAACUGACGUGGUGCUGCUUAGGCAAGGCAGUGUGAUCGCGACCGUGAACAACGUGUUUAAACUAGGCUCCAGUGCCACCCAGACUUCGACCAAUGGCGCUAUAGAGAAAGCCAUACAGGCCUGUGGCACGACCUGUGGGACCAUACUGGAAAGAGCUGCAUUUACCGCCACUGACCUAUGUGAUCAGGCCCCCCAACCGUGUGAUGUCCGCUCUACCACGUGCGAGUACAAAGAAGAUGGAGUGACCAGAUGCUCCUGUAAGGCUGGCUACAUCAACAGCUUCUACUCAAACCAAAGCUGCACAGCCUGUCCCAGUGGUCAAAGGUCAGAGGGAGACACAUGUGUGCCAUGCCCGUUUGGCUACGCUGGAUUCAACUGCACUGACUCGGCUCUGUUGGCAGUGGUGGUCAUCGCCUGUGUACUGGGGGGAGUCCUUCUCAUCAUGCUGCUGGCCUUGUUUGCAUAUUGCUGCUGGUACCGGUCACAGUCAGUGAAGAAACCUUCAGCAGAGUUCAGCAGCCCGUACCCUGUGGAGGACUUCCAGGGCCCAUGGUCCGCCACCCAGGGCAUCACCCCGAUCCCCCGGGCCAGCACCAACUGGGCUUCAGCCCCGAUGGAGAUGACCGAAGGGGGCAGCACACACCACCUGGUCGACAUGAAGCCCCACACCAACGGAGCGGGAUUCCACAUCCUGCCUAAACGGGGGAAGAAGACCGGGUCGUAUGACCUGACCUCAGACAGCAUGAACACGUUCAAGGGGAAGAACCCAUCUCGCUACUCCUACCUGGUGCAGGGCCACGAGAACCCUUACUUCAUACCUGCAGAUGACAGGAGACCCGUAUGAGAACCUCAGCGACGUCUGGAGGCAAGGGCCCGUAUCCACACAGAGUCUCAGAGCAGAAAUGCUGAUCUAGGAUCAUUUUUUGCCUUCUUAAAUCAUAAUGACAAAAAAAAAAGGGGAGACCUGAUCCUGGAUCAGCAAUCCUACUCUUAGAUGCUUUGUUAAUAUUUGCUGUUGGGAGGAGAGAAGGAUGGGUUAGAGAGAGGAGGGAAGGCUUC